AUGGCUUUGAACACAGAGAACGACUCCUUAAUGUGUAAGUGCUUUUCAACAAGCUUAGCUGGACCAGCGCUCAACUGGUUCAAGAAUUUACCGAAGGGUUCUAUUGAUAGUUUCCGAAGCUUAUGCGAUCGAUUCAUAAGCCAGUACUAUGGGAAUAAACGUCCAGCAAAGGACAUUUCGAACCUAUUCACAAUGAAGCAGCAUGAGGACGAGCGUCUUCAAGCUUUUCUUACCAGGUUUAACCUUACUAAGAGCAUGGUGAUUGAAUGUCAUCUUUCUACAGCGGUUCAAGCGUUUAAAUUGGCCAUAACUCGUGGCACUCCAUUCCACAUAAGCUUGGUAGUGAAUACGCCAAAGACUAUGGAUGAACUCAAUGAAAGAGCUGAUGGUUUUGUGUGCUUAGAAGAAGAAGAGCCAGCUAACGCUCGAAAGACAUCCAUUAUAUCAAUAGAAAAGAAAACCAAAGCAAAAAUCAGGCAAAAGCAGGUUCAGCCACAGCGUCAGACCUCCGGGAAAUUUGAGAAGAGGCCCAAAGAGGAAGAGCUGGAACUUAAGGAGACAAGUAGAGGUGCUGAUAGCCAGAGAGGAGUUCGCGAGUUAUAUUCAAGGCCCAGUGGUAGAACAGAACUGACGAUGGAGCAAGUGAAGAGGAAUCAGAAGUCGAGCUCCCACAACUCACAGCCAAUUCGUAUAAUUAAUGCAAUUCAUGGUCGGCCCGAACCUAGCGAGGAGUCAGAUGAGCUACUUCGAACGCGCCUCCGUCAAGCACAAAUGAAGAAGAAGAUCGGCAAUGUGAAUGCCCUGCACCAACAGAGCGUAUCAACACAGAUAAAGUUCGACAAGACAGAUCUGCUGCGUAUUCAAAUUCCUUAUGAAAAUCCGUUGGUUGUCAGUUUGACAGUGGCAAAGUGCCUGGUGCGAAGAAUUCUGAUUAAUCCCGGAAGCAGUGCGAAUGUCAUGCCGAGGGACACAUUUGAUUGGCUCGAGAUCAAGCCGGAAAAGCUUAAGCCCACUGGAAACCCCUUGUUAGGAUUUGAUGGCAAGAGGGUGGAACCCAUCGGUAUGUUGGAAGUAGAAAUACAAGCUGCGGAAAGAGUUCUGACGGAAAAUUUUGUUGUUGUUGAGAUCCACCCCUCUUACAACCUCCUGAUGGGAAGAGGGUGGAUUCAUAGAGUACAAGUUGUACAAAAGAAUAAUGGGAAGUGGCGAGUAUGCAUUGAUUUCACUAAUUUAAACAAAGCUUAUCCGAAGGAUAGUUUCCCGCUGCUAAAGAUUGAUCAAAUGGUGGACGCCACUACUGGAUACGAACGUUUACCUUUCUUGGAUGCUUAUUCGGGAUACAAUCAAAUCCUCAUGAACCCCGCUGAUGAGGAGAAAAUUUCUUUUGUAACCGAACGAGGGACCUAUUGCUACAAAGUUAUGCCGUUCGGAUUAAAGAAUGCUGGGGCAACUUAUCAGAGGCUGAUCAGCAAGAUUUUCAAGGAUCAGAUGGGGAAGACUGUAUAG